AUGGCGGAAUAUGAAGCUUUUAUUGUAGGACUCAGGCUAGCCAUCGACAUGAACAUUCAGGAAAUACUGGUAAUCGGAGAUUCAGAUUUGCUGAUACAUCAAGUGCUUGGAGAAUGGGCUACCAACAGCUCAAAAAUACUGCCUUAUUUACAAUGUGUGCAAGAUUUAAUCAAAAGAUUUGUCAAGAUAGAAUUCAAGCAUGUUCCUCGGACUCAGAACGAGUUUGCAGAUGCCUUGGCUACAUUAUCAUCCAUGAUUCAACAUCAGAAUAAAAGCUAUAUUGAUCAUAUACCUAUAGAUAUCUACAAGCAACCUGCCUAUUGUACUCAUGUUGAAGAAGAGUUCGAUGGGAAGCCAUGGUUUUAUGAUAUCAAGGAGUACUUGAAGAAGGAAGAAUAUCCAGAAAGUACUACACAUGUUCAGAAACGCACAUUGCGGAGGUUAGCUAAUCAUAUCUUUGGGAGUGGAGGAAUAUUGUAUAAGAGGACCCCCGAUCUAUGUUUACUAAGAUGUGUGGACGCUAAGGAGGCCUCUAGACUACUUGAAGAAAUCUAUGCUGGAACAUGCGGACCUCAUAUGAAUGGUUUCACUUUGGCAAAGAAGAUAUUGAGAGCUGGAUAUUUCUGGAUGACUAUGGAAACCGACUGCAUCCGAUAUGUACAAAAAUGUCAUCAAUGUCAAGUUCAUGCCGAUAUGAUACGAGUUCCGCCCAACAAACUCAAUGUGACAUGUUCGCCUUGGCCUUUUGCUGCUUGGGGUAUGGAUGUUAUUGGUCCCAUCGAACCCCCCGCAUCUAAUGGACAUAGAUUCAUCCUGGUAGCCAUUGAUUACUUUACCAAAUGUAUGGAAGCCACGUCAUAUAAGUCGGUCACCAAGAAAGCUGUAGCGGAUUUUGUCCGAGAUUAUCUUGUAUGUCGAUUUGGGGUCCCCGAAUCAAUCAUUACCGACAAUGCCGCAAACCUCAAUAGUGAUCUGAUGCAAGCUAUGUGUGAGAAGUUUAAGAUCAAGCACCGUAACUCUACCGCUUAUAGGCCUCAGAUGAAUGGAGUUCUACCUUUUGCAUUGCUGGGAUAUCACACCACUAUCCGCACUUCCACUGGGGAAACACCAUACCUUUUAUUAUAUGGUACUGAAGGUGUGAUACCCGCUAAAGUAGAAAUACCAUCUUUGAUAAUUAUACAAGACGCUGAGUUGAGUGAUGCUGAAUGGAUACAGAGUAGAUAUGACCAAUUAGCACUUAUUGACGGAAAAAAAAUGAAUGCAGUAUGUCAUGGUCAACUCUAUCAGAAUAGGAUGGCUAAAGCAUUCAACAAAAGGGUGAAGGCCAGGCAAUUCACACCGGGGCAAUUGGUUUUGAAGAGGAGUUUUCCGCAUCAAGAUGAGGCGAAAGGAGGGGCACUCAUACUAGCAGAUAUGGAUGGAGAAAUAUGGCCAAAACCUAUCAAUUCAGACGCCGUCAAAAGAUAUUACAUUUAG